UUUGCAGGACGCCAUCUGGAUCUGUUCUUGGUACUAUUUGGGCUACAGCUACCGUUCAUUUCAUCCUGCCCUAUAAACUGUGUUUGCUAUCCUUCACCUAUGACUGUAAGCUGCCAAGCCCAUAACUUUGCAGCCAUACCUGAAGGUAUCCCAGAGAUCAGUGAGAGGAUUUUCCUGCAAAACAACCAGAUCACCAUGCUCCUCAGAGGGCACUUCAGCCCUUCUUUGGUGACUCUGUGGCUCUACUCCAACAACAUUACCUUCAUAGACCCAGACACUUUUGAAGGUUUUGACAACCUUGAAGAGCUGGACUUGGGGGAUAAUCGCUACUUAAGAGCUCUAGCAGCAGAAACUUUUCAAGGAUUGUUUAGACUUCAUGCUUUAUAUUUGUAUAAAUGUGGGCUCAGUUCUUUGCCCAGUGGGAUAUUUAAUGGCCUUCACAGCUUACAGUUUCUUUAUCUGCAGGACAACCACAUAGAGUUUCUACAGGAUGACAUUUUUGUAGAUUUAGUAAACCUAAGUCACCUAUUUCUUCAUGGCAACAAGCUCUGGAGUCUUCAUCAAAAUACAUUUAAAGGGCUGGUUAACCUGGACCGGCUUUUAAUCCAUCAGAAUCAGCUUCAGUGGGUCCACAGAAGUGCAUUCCAUGAUCUUAAGAGGCUUACCAUGCUUUUCCUUUUUAAUAACAGCAUAUCAGAACUGCAAGGAGAGUGUUUGGCCCAUCUCUCUGCUCUUGAGUUUCUUAGGCUUAAUGGUAACCCAUGGGACUGUAGUUGCAAGGCUAGAUCUCUGUGGGAAUGGUUACGUCGAUUUAGAGGUUCCAGUUCAAGUGUUAUAUGUGAGUCACCUGAUGAAAUGGAAGGUCGAGACUUAAAACUUCUAACAGCCGAAGACUUUAUGCACUGUUCAAGUUCAGAAUCUCUUCAUCAGAUCUAUCAUACAUUUAGUACAACACACCAGAUAGCACAUAAAGGGCAUCAUUCUCAUCAUUCCUCCAAGGAAAAAGGAAAGGAGUUAGAAAUUGGUCUGCAUCAAAAUGAGCCAGCUGCUCCAGAUCCUCCAGACCCGCGCUCAGGAUCUAGAAAACCAGGAAAGAACUGUACCAGCCACAAAAAUAGGAACCGUAUUUCCAAACCGGUAUCUGGAAAGAGUGUGCAUGAUCUUCAGGAUUAUCCACCCGAUUACCUUCACAAAUUUAAUUUCGGAACCAUGCCUACUGCUUCCACAAAGAGAAAGACCAAAUGUACAAGGAGGACGCCGAACAGGAUACCAAGUGGAGUACAGCAGGCAGCAGGCAAUAGGAGUGAGGGGGUCAGAGUGUCCUUGCUGCUUUUCCUCUUGGUGUUAGCUGUCAUAGUACGCUGAUCCUUUGUGGAAGGACUUCUAGCCACUGCCACCCCUUUGCAAAGGACCAGCAUUUUUUUUUUUUUAUUCUUCUUUAGCGAUAUGCGGUGGUUUCUUUAAGGUCGAGGAAUGAAUGUGGCUUCUGGUGGUCUCCUGGCUUUUCUCUGUGGAUUAUGGAUGCAUCAGAAGUUUGGGGGGAGCAUUAUCACAAUUCAACCACAUGCAGCCCCAACUUUGCACGUACAAAGGGCAAAACCUUUUAAAAGAAUUAGCAAAAAAUGUCAUCUUAUCAAUUUUUGUUAACAAGUGGACAUACAAAAUAAGGCAUUCAGAUCCUUUUGUUUAAGAAAAUAUAUUGUUUGGCCCUGGAUGAAAAGAAGGAACAAAAUUAGACCACAUGUGAGACAUUGUGUAAAUGGUGA